UGGGAUGUUCCAUCUGCGUAGCCUGCCCCUGCAAUCAUGUUGCAGCGUCCUGUUUAGAAAUUAUGCGGGAAUCCUAAAAACGCCACUCGAAGAGGUAGAUACGACACGCCCCUUUUGAGCUGCAUGCCUAAGGUGACGCUAAGCAAAGACGGUUAAAGUCGUAAGCGCAUUCAUUGUGUGAGGACGGCAAGAAAACGAAAAGUCCAAGAAUGCCGGUACAUUGUGCUGUGCGGACAACGACGUACAAUCACGACAAGGAACUAGGGGUAACCUUUCAGGCAACAGGUUGACCUUUCCAACAUGGCCGCCACGCUGGCACGUCGGGAAGCUGGACUGCUAUAGCGCUGGCCUAGCUCGGGUUCAUAUCUAUGAGACGGAUGGUCCACAAGCUAACGCUUGGCUAGCGAAUGGGAAGGAAAAUGUAUUUAUUGCUCGAAUUGUGUCAAGCAGAACGAUAAGGUGACGCUUAUUGACAUACAAGUACAAUGCGCCACAGAAGAAGAGCAACACCUCUCAAUCACGCAGCUCAAGCAGUCUCUGGAACCCCCGCAGAGGCCCUCAAAGCCCCCGUCAGGAAGCACAACAUCUGCAUGGUGUCGGACUUCUUUUACCCCAACAUGGGAGGAGUGGAGAGUCACAUUUACCUCCUGUCACAGUGUCUGAUCGAGAAGGGACACAAGGUGGUGAUCGUCACGCACGCCUACGGCCACAGGAAGGGCGUCAGGUACCUGACCAAUGGCCUUAAGGUCUACUACCUGCCCCUGCAGGUGAUGUACAACCAGUCCACCACCACCACCUUCUUCCACAGCAUGCCGCUCCUGCGCUGUGUAUUCGUCAGGGAGCGCAUCACCGUGGUGCACUCGCACAGCUCCUUCUCCGCUAUGGCCCACGAUGCUUUGUUCCACGCUAAGACCAUGGGCCUGAACACGGUGUUCACUGACCACUCGCUCUUCGGCUUUGCCGACGUCAGCUCCGUGCUGACCAACAAGCUCCUGACGGUGUCGCUGUGUGAUACCAACCACGUCGUGUGCGUCUCGUACACCAGCAAGGAGAACACCGUGCUGCGCGCCGCGCUCGACCCGGAGAUCGUCUCCGUCAUUCCCAACGCGGUCGAGCACGGCGACUUCACGCCCGACCCGUCCCAGCGCCGCGACGACAGGAUCACCAUCGUCGUGAUCAGUCGCCUUGUCUACCGCAAAGGCAUUGAUCUUCUCAGUGGAAUCAUCCCAGAGCUCUGCCUCAAACAUCCAGAUCUUCAUUUCCUCAUCGGUGGAGAGGGGCCAAAGAGACUUGUGUUGGAGGAAGUGAGGGAGAAAUACCAACUACAUGACAGGGUGCGUCUUUUGGGGCCGCUGGAGCACAAAGAUGUCCGAGGGGUUCUGGUGCAAGGUCACAUCUUCCUCAACACGUCGCUCACCGAAGCUUUCUGCAUGGCCAUCGUGGAGGGAGCCAGCUGUGGACUGCAGGUUGUCAGCACUCGUGUGGGUGGGAUUCCGGAGGUGCUACCCGAGGACUUGAUCACCCUUUGUGAGCCGACCGUACACUCGCUGUGCGCCGGGCUGGAAACGGUCAUAGCGCAGCAGCGUUCCGGCUCCGUCUCCACGCCCGCCUCUGUUCACGCACGGGUGCGCAAUCUCUACACCUGGAGGAACGUCGCCGAGAGGACCGAAAAGGUGUAUGACAGAGUCUGCGGCGAGGAGGUGCUUCCCCUGGACCGACGCCUUCAGAGGCUUCGGACUCACUGCGGCCCGGUGGCUGGCACCAUCUUUGCCUUUGUGGCGGUUCUGGACUUCCUCUUCCUGUUGUUCCUCCAGUGGUUGCUGCCUGACAGGCUCAUGGACGGGGCUGUGGACGCCAGCGGUCCUCGCGGAUUGUGGGGGCAAGAACCAAGCGAGAGUAAAUAUAAAGCUCCGUCAAAAAGAGUCGUCAAGUCAGCGGCUUCAUCUCGCUCUGACGACGCGGACUGACCACGCUUUUGUGAGCUAAGUGAACUAAAACUUUGUUUACAUUAUGAGAAAGGGCCAUGUUUUCAAGCUUUAUAUUGUAAGAAAUUUGCGGGGAAGUUUGUUCCGUUUAUAUUUAACUGGCAGAGUGAUUAUGAUUGAUCUAUUUGUGAAAUUUUGUAGGACAGGACUGCACAAAACGACCUGGAUGAUUUUCACCAAACAUGGAUACAGAAAUUGAACCCUUCUGUUAAAAUAGCAGGUUUUUCCUCAUCCAUCCAUCAAUUUUCUAUUGUCCUUAUGCUCGUUAGGGUCCCGGCUGGUUGCUGGAUGAUCAGCGAUCAUGUGCAGACAAACAACCUUUCGCACUCGUGCGCAGGCUCUUUUCAAAUUGCUGUUUUUACACAGGGGUGUGUUCACUUUCUGUAUCCACUGUCGCAAAACAUUGCCGUUCUGUUUUUGUUUUGUUUUGUUUGUUUGUUUUUUUUCCUUCACCUUUGGCAUUACUCAAAUCACACUGAAUUUAUUGAAGCACUUGUUGGAUGAUGAGGACAUUUAUGAAUUGCACACUAAAUAUUAGCAAAGAUAUACGGUUCUUACUGCUGCUCUUCUGUGGACCUUCUAGUUCUCGAUAAAACUGAAACAACUCUUUUCCCCCAUAUUACUUCAUGCACGUUCAUUCGCCUGCCGUUAAUUUCAUUUUUUGUUGUUAUUGAUCCGCUCGUUUUAAGAUGUCCUUGUGUUAUCUUAUUUUCCAUCCUCUGUUAUAUUUAUAUGAAGCCAGGAAGACUAUGGCUAUGACCGCGUGUACCUCGCAUUGUGUUGUUACUAUUUUUUUUUUUUAAUCAUAACAAUGAUCGUUUUUUUUCUCAGGACAGGUUAGUCGAGUUGAUCCAGUAAACACCCUCCGUUUCCGCUGUCUCCUUUUACAAACAUCAGAGCGAAAGGUCAAGUGCCAGACAUCACAAGCUAUGGAAAUGCGGCAGCUUUUCAAGACUAGCGCUGCUAGUUUGCAUGACCGAUGCGGUUAGCGCUUGAAACGCUACACUCCAGUGAUGCUUGGCUUGAAAAUGUUGGGAAAUAAAAGUCUUUCACCUGUUUUGUGUUCUUCUGUUAUGAGUUGAUUGUUUUAAAGUGGAACCUCCAAAGUGGAGUCAAAAUGUGAAUUUACGCAUUAAACCUUUUCUGUUUUCUGUCGGGGCCUCAUGAAAACACACUUGAGGUGUCAAUCAAACAUGAGCAGAAUGUUUAAUACAGCUCUUAUGUUGGAUCUCAUGAGAUGUACCCGAUUUGCGCACAUUGAUAGAUGACCAUCAACAGUACCCUUGUUCAACAAAUUAGUGCAUCCCUGAUGAGAACGUGGAGAUGCUUUAGGGAGUGACGACAGUUGGUUUAAAAAGGGGGGGGGAGAAAUGGAAAAAAAAAAAAAAAAGGGCCUGUGAAUUUAGGAAACCGAAGUGUUCUGAUGCUAA